AUGUGGUUACUAUCCCUGUUACGUGACACUAUCAGGCGACUCUCUUCAAGUUCGCUUGGCGGAGGACAAAGACCCGCUGUCUGCCACCCCUACGGCACCGGCCGAGUCCCAACUUCCAGUCACUCAGGCCAUCUCCGAGCCCCUAUCUAA